AGCUGUGGUUAGAUGUGGGUUUGGUCACUGGGUGGGGAAACACACACACUCACUCUCACAGCGAGCAGAAUUAAGAAAGAGAUGCGAGAAAGAGAUUAGUCCAGUUUGGACGGGAACUGAGAACAGAACACAACUCUGCAGGGUUAUUUAUGCGCUCAGCCCUUCAAGCAAGAUGAAUAAGUGUUCUACUACCAGCCCAGCCAAUGCCAAUGGUACCUAUGCGAAUCACGUGAGCCUCAGAGCACAGAACAGAGACUGUGAUAACAGACAAGGACCAGGACCUAUUACAACACACAGCCAGGAGGCCAGAGUGCGUCCUGUCUCAACAGUCUACACCCCUAGUGCGGCACCUCACUCUCAUCAGCGGCGGUGGUCUGUCGACUAUUACAAGCGUGGAACCUCCCCGGUCAUUAUUGUGAAGAAGAACAAGAAGGAACCCCAGCCUCCUCAGCGUAGGGCAUCCCUUCUGAGAUCUAACACAACAUCUGAUACUUCAUUGAAACGCUAUUCCUGCCCUGCCAUGGGGGUCUUUAGCUCACCAAGACGUUCAUCCUCUUCAUCAUCUUCAUCAUCUUCCUCCACCUGUUCUUGCACCUCUCCACCCCCUGUCCCGACAUCUGUCAUCACCGGCCAUGACCCUCUAGGCUGGAAGUUGCGUCCUAAGUCCAGCUCCUCUUCCCCCCGUGCUCGUGCUAACAGGCUGUCUCUGCAGAUUCCCCUGCCAGUCAUCUCCCCUGAUCCAAAAUCUAGUCCUGUGCCUAACUCUCAAUCAGACAACACUCCAAAUCCAGACCGCUCCCCUAGACUCAAACCCCCUCUCAUACCUAAACCACCCCGUAGGCGCCACUCAGAGUCCUCAGCCUUCCUCAUAUCUCUGGCAACACCUCAACCGGUGGUGACACGCGAGGACCUCUGCGUCAUGCGUCUCCACCGAGUCACACUUUCAGACGAGGUCUUUAGCGAGGGAAAAGAAGAGAAGGUGAAGGUGAACACUCGGCCGUGCAAAACACCGCCUGCCGUUCCUGAAAAAACCUUCACGGCAAAGCAAAUAGCACAACUGAUUGCUUACUCACGGCAACACUGUAAAACUAACGACGAACACAUUUAUGCCAGCGUUAUGAAGCCAAAACAUACACUCGAGCCUGAGGACCACAAGCGCCUGCAUUAGAGGAAAAACUGCAGGUCUGCGUGUGGAUACCAGCUGGGACAGGGUGAGGUCCAUUCCACACUUCCCCCUGGCUGAGGAGACCGAGAGAGGAGACCUGAGACUUCUUUAACAUCCAACACCAGUAACUUCCAGGAACCUUUUGACAGAUUACAGAACGAGUAUUGUCUGUCCUGGGGAUAGGAAACCGUGAUCUGUUUGUACUCAAAGUUUAAAACACUCUUCUAGCCGCCCUCCCGCACAGAUGACAAAUUACUUGCUUGAUGCUGUAAAAGUUUAGCUCAACUUCUCUAUAUUGAGGAAACGUGACUUUUCUAUUGUUUGUGUGUUACAAUGCUUGCUUGUAACUCAUACAUGCACAUGCUGCCAGUUGUGAAACAAACCCUUCAGUUGUUGAAAUUCCUGCUGGUUGCUAAUAGAUCUAAUAAAUUACUCAAUUUCCCUUUAAGUUACUGCCGUAUAUUUGCCUGUACAGUGAAUUAAAUCUGCCUGAUGUGUUCUGUUUUCUGUAGUUUGCUUACAAAUAUCAUAUAAUGAAUAAUGCAAGUUAAUUAGUAAAUAAACUGAUGGCAAUCCAUAAUCGAUCAUUUCAGUCUUUAAAUGUUGUUUUUUCAACAAAUCUUUGAACACAAAUCCCACUCCUUUUUAUGAAAUAAAAGCAUGUGUACGGGUUACAGUUUUCAAGCUGUUACCGUUUUUCAUCAUUGUUAGUUAAUUAGAAUAUGGUUAAUCAAGGUUUUUAAUCAAAACGACAACCUCUGUGGCUGC